GACUCGCACUUGGCCGGUUUUUUCCUUUGUAUUCUGUAGCAAUUGGCAAGAUCUGAAAAUAAAGAUAACUUGGUUCACAUUGGGGAAGUGAAACAUAGUUUUAUUUGUUUUGUUCGAGCCAAAAGGAAUAGUAUGAUAGUUCCCUACAAGUGUUUCAUGUCCCCAAUAAUUAGCUUGCCCAAAAUGAUCUUUAAGAUUAAAUAUGUAUUAUACAUAAUGAUUGGUUAUUAAGUAUAUAAAAUGACUAAAUUGCCUAGACAAUGUCAACAAGUAACUUUAUACGGACAUUCUUCAUAAUAGUACCUUUCUCUUUGUCUACUGAGAUAUUUGUAUUGUCCGAAUAUAGUAGAUUUUUAGUUGUGGGCAAUAAUAAUAUAGAUGGGUGACCGUUUUUAUAGAUAAUGGUACGGAACCAUUCCUGUGCGAGUCCGACUCGCACUUGGCCGGUUUUUUUUAAGUUACAUACUAAAGAAUUUACCAUGGUUCCCAAUCCCAAUUAACUUGCCCAAUGUGCCCUUUUAAUAUUAGCGGUAAAAUUAGGUUUUCUGAGUGCAAGGCAUCAGAGAUGACAAGUUGGGAGUAAAGCACAAUCGGUUGCAUCCGCUCCUCGAAGCCGUUUCCGCUCCAAGAGCAAUCUAAUUAAAAACACAUUUCGCACCGAAAGUUUGUACAGUAUAACUUGACUUCCAGACCAGUAAGAACUAGAUAUGCAUCGGGGACCACGGUUAAACCGGUGCCCUUCAGAUAAAGCGAGCUGUGAGCGCCGUGAACCAAGACCAGACCUCGACGUGAGAAAUGCACUUUGGUAUAUAAUGCACAACUACCGACCCCCUGACAAGCAUUCAUCGCUGAGCUUCAAACAUGAAGAUAUUCCUGUGCUUAUUGGUUUUAAUUGCGGCCGUGCACGCCGGCUUCAUCGGCGGCGGCGGCGGUGGGUGGUCCAGCGGCGGCGGCGGUGGGUGGUCCGGCGGCGGCGGCGGAUGGAAGUCUGGUGGCGGUGGCGGCGGCGGUUGGCGCAGCGGCGGCGGUGGCGGACAGGUGAAGAUCAUUAAAGUCAUCAGCAGCGGCGGAGGCGGAGGUGGUUGGCGAAGCGGCGGCGGCGGCGGCGGCUGGAGUUCCGGCGGCGGCGGCGGCGGCUGGAGAUCCGGCGGCGGCGGCGGCGGUUGGAAAUCUUGGUGAUCCCAUUCGUAGCUCUAUUAUCAACAAUACAUGAAUACCCCUCUCA